AUGAAGCUCAAGAAGCAAGAGUUUCUUGCACUGAAACAGGGAGCAAUGUCUGUGAGUGAGUACCGGGACAAGUUCAUCCAGCUGUCUCGCUACGCUACCGCAGAAGUAGCAGAUGAUGAAGAGAAACAAGAUCACUUCAGGGAUGGUCUUAUUGAGGAGUGGGACUUCCAAUCCCAGUCAGAAGACGAUGAAUCCCUAACCGAUGACGAAGAUCUCACACUUUUUCUUGGAGCCGAGCUGGAGGAGGACGACGAAAACGACGCAUCCUGGGAAGAAGAGCUCUCCUCCUCGGAAGAAAAAGCUGACUCCUCCUCAACUGAAGAAGACUCAGUAACAGGUAACUUCCUUCUUGGCGAAUCAUCAGAAGAUGCCACUGAGGACGACGAGGACACCGAGGAUGAAGGCAACUUCACCACCAGCAGCAGCAGAGAUGAUGAUAGCAAUGGCAGCAGUGACGAUAGUGAUAUCAGCACACCCAUCGUUGUGGACAUUUCCAGUGGGGAGGAACCCCCGUGCCAAAAAGAUUCAGCUUCAGAGGUUCCAGAGGAUGUGGAAGCACCUGUCAAUGCUCUAACAACAGCUCUGGAAGGCCCUUCGACGCUGAUUGAUACACCAGUCAUCCCACAAGGUCUGCCGGAACUGAUUGUGGCCGCGUCGAUCGUUAAUUCUUCUUUGGAGAGGCCAGCUGUCGCUUCGGCGACUGCCAAUCUUCCUUCAGAAGGGACGCGCCUGCCAGAGCCGACUGCUGCUUCGUCGGCUGCCACUCCUCCUUCUGAAAAGGUGACCCCCUGA